AUGAUGGUCUCCGACAGCUACGGUCUGUUCGACACCCACGGCAGCUGCGGCCUCGUACGCGAGACGCCGUGGUGUUCUCGGAGGUCGCGCCCGGCUCCCGCGGCCUUCGCGGUGGGCCCGCAGCCGCAGAGGCAGCCGCGUGCGUUCCCAGAGACGCGGGUUGCUUGCAGAGCCCGCAUGCUGACCUUGGCGCAGAGACCGCAGCCGCCGUCGCCCGGAGGCUGCAGCGCCGACAGCGGCGAGAAAGCCUUCAAGGACCUCCUCGGCCUCAGGGAGGCGCUUCAGUUCGAGGACAUCAAGAGGAUCCACGGGCGAGAGAUUGCGCAGCCUCUCCGUGAGUCCAUGUCCGAGCACGGAAUCACUGUCUUGAACGGCUGGGCGUUCCGGUUGGCCCGCCGUUGCCGCAGUGACCCUUUGCUCGACCGCACCACCAGCUAUUUGCUGGAUUCCUUGCGCGUGGUCCAGCACGACAGCGACGGCGUCUUCGGCGCAGACGACAUGCUGCGCAUUUGCGGCUGCCGUGCGCUGGCAAACGAUGCUGAGACGUACGAGCAUGUCAUGGAUCUCUUGACGCUUGACACCUUCGACGAAUACGAGCUCUACAGGCGAGUGAAAGGUCAGCCUUGGCGCACGGGCAUCUCAUGCAGGGCCUACACAUGGCUUCUUCGUUUCUGCAAAGAUGGGAUGCCUCGAGAUGUACGCUGGGGGGCAAUCAGCUGGCUUAGAGACGUCGUCGUCCCACAGCUCCGUUGCGGUGCUAUCGACAAGUUGUACAGAAUAGCGAGUGGGGAAUCGAACGGGGAACGGCGCAAUGAGCUCGUAGACUCAGAGUUUUUGAAUAUGUUUCGUGCGCCGAACGUGGUGAGGACGCUCAUACUGCGUGACAUGAGUGUGGCGACGUCAUCAGACAGUCGCGGGAAGAUAUUCGACCUUGCCCAUUGUUGGAUCGUUCUAGAUGGCGCCAAGGGGGGGUUGAGCAUGCUCUACCCCGACUUGCCGAAGGCCGAAGCCAUCAGGAGAGCGCACGAGCAGUUGAAAACGCACACCAACCCGUGCCUGCCCGAUGGCGGAUCUGCCUGA